GGCCAUCUGCCUGCAUUCCGAUUUGUUCGAGGUCUCAUUACAAUUCGUCUGGAUAGCAAUGUUUUGCCCAUGAGAGGCUUCUAGCAACGAUGUACACGUAUGAAGUGUCUUCUGGUCAAUCAUUCGUUUGUUCCUCCUCUUCAACAUGUUCUCAACUAUCCAAUCCGAUGAAGCUGCCGAGAUGCCAGGUUCCAUAUAUAUGCAUUCUCGAAGUACAUGAAUAAUGCUCUCUUGCCCGCUACCACAUAGAGUACAAGAAGCAUUAUCAACUAUUCCUCUUCUAAACCCUUUCCGUAUUUGUCAUGUAACUCUCACGCAUAACGAGUCAUAAAUAAAAACCCAUUUUGUAGUUGGUACAUCCCAAACUGCAACCCGCCAGGUCCUUCUUCGCCCAUUCCGCAACCACAAAUAUCGUCUCCCGCAGCCUCCAUAGGUGGCCAUGAGCUGACAAACAUAUUGAGCCUCUAAUCCAAUUCUCCUUCAGAGUUAACCAAAUUUCUUACUCGUAUCUACUUAUGUCAUAUUACGACAAUGAUUACUUGAAGGGCCCAAUUCUGCAACUCAAGUAUCCUUCCAAAAUUUAACGUGCAUAUCAUUAUCAAUUUAUUUUUAAGAUUACAACUUUAUUAUUUUUCAAUAAAAAAAUUAUAUUUUUUUUAAAAAAUGAUCUAACCACUUUAACUAAAAAGAGGGGGAAAAGAAAGCAAAUUAAGUUAAAAGAAAAUUAAUUAACCACUGAACUGUUUAUUUAAAAAAAAUAAAAUCUCACAAUUUUCUACAAAAACAAAAAAGCAACAGUAAAGUUUGGAAAUCCGAUUCCAUGGCUUCUCGUCGGCGUAUGCUUCUAAAGGUGAUAAUUCUUGGUGACAGUGGGGUCGGAAAAACAUCUCUAAUGAAUCAGUAUGUUAAUCGUAAAUUCAAUAAUCAAUACAAAGCCACAAUAGGAGCUGAUUUUUUGACAAAAGAGAUUCAAUUUGAAGAUCGAUUGUUCACAUUGCAGAUAUGGGAUACUGCUGGGCAAGAAAGAUUUCAAAGUUUAGGGGUAGCAUUCUAUCGAGGAGCUGAUUGCUGUGUAUUAGUGUACGAUGUCAAUGUCGCCAAAUCCUUCGAUGAUCUCAACAACUGGCGAGAAGAAUUCUUGAUUCAGGCCACUCCAUCUGAUCCUGAAAACUUUCCUUUUGUCGUGUUGGGAAAUAAGGUUGAUCUUGAUGGUGGCAAUAGUCGAGUGAUUUCUGAAAAGACGGCAAUGGCAUGGUGUGUUUCAAAGGGAAACAUACCGCACUUCGAGACAUCAGCAAAAGAAGGAUUCAAUGUUGAUGCCGCAUUUGAAUGUAUAGCCAAAAAUGCUCUCAAGAAUGAACCUGAAGAAGAAAUAUACCUUCCUGAAACUAUUGAUGUCGUCGACGGUGGUUGGCCUCAGAAAUCGACUAGUUGUGAGUGUUAGUUUAGUCCGUCGGAUUGGAAGCGAGCUAAUUUUGAUCGGUGCACCAAAAAGAAAACCUACCGUAGAUUCCUCCAUCCUAUCAUCAAUUAACGGUGAAGGUCUUGACAAUUAGUAAUAAACUAGGGAUUGGUUUUUUGUAACAUAAGCUGGUAGAAAGGUUGAUUGUUCUUUGGUCUUGUUCUGUAAUAAAAACCAUGUAGGCUCUGUUUUAUUUGUAGUCUUUCUAAUCUUGUUCUUCACAUCACAUGGAUGAACGAUGGUUAACCAAUUUAAAUAUUUUUCUCUCUUGUAAUUUGGAUUCUUGUUUUGAGUAUCAAAAAUGGUUGUGCUCUGCAUGGUCAUUUUUAUCUUUUAUUUUUUAUAAAAGACAGUUUCAGUCUCUUCCAAUAUCAAUAUUGAGCAACUUGUAUCCUUUCAAAAACACACAACAAUUUAAAAUCGAUCAAUUUAAUCUCUAUCAAUUUUGAAAUUAAAAAGCGUUCAUUUUUCUACCAACUUCUAAUUGGUAUAAUAAUAAAUUUAACCCUCUCAAAAACCUUAAAACAUACCGAUAAGAAUAUUAAAUUUUAAUAAAUUUGUUAAUUUUUUCAAAAUCAAGAUCAAUUUGAUAAAAUAUAUAUAAUUAAAUUUAUUAUUAUGCCAAUCUAAAGUAAAAUAAAUUGAUAAACACUGAAGUUGCUCACUUCUAAAAUUAACACGAGCUAAAUUGUUCCAUUCAUUUGAAAAAUACCAAUUUGGUCAAUAUCAAAUUUAAAAGGGACCAAAAAAGUCUUUCUAUCAAUUUUUUUUCAAGUUUAUCCACGUAUUUAGAGGGUUAUAUUCCAACGAAACAUUGAAUUGAAGAUGCAAAUGGGUUAAGACUAGAAAUUAGAUCGAAGACAAAAGGAAAGCACAAGUUUCCAACAUAAUACGAUUCAGGUCCAUGAACUAUACCUACGAUAGAACCAAAAAGAUUUCUAAACCUUUACCCUUGAUCCACAUCUCAGGGUCAGGCGCUGACAAGCACGCAUAAGCUAAAGGCUCAUUUAAAGCCUCAUAUGCUCAUUCAUUAGGUGUUAAAAUUCGCUAGUCGAGAACACCUACAGUCUAACUAACUACUCAUACAUGAUUCAUCGCAUAAAUCAGAACCAAUCAUUCAAAGAUGAGAUGCAUAUCUUACGAGAAUUCAUAAGAAGCAAGGAAAACAAUAAGGGCCGAUUG